CAUGUACCUAAAUUAUUUAUUUAUGUAUAUCAGGAUGCUCGAAUUGUUUGUAACUACUUUUAUUUUUAAUUUUUGUAGGUUGAGGCAUUGAUUUUAUAAUAUACAGAUAAGCCAUUCUAUUGUUAAUAGUGGCAGCGGCUAAUUGCAUUCAGCCGUUAGACGUCGAUGUGUUCGAUUGCAUUCAAGAGGGAUAAACAUUGGAUGGGUGCUGUUUUGCUAUAUGCACUACGAUAGCUGAUUAUAUUCUAUUUUUAGGAUUUGUUUUAACUGUUGAUAUAUUUUACUCUGUCGACAAAAACAACAGCGUUUCGAAUAAUUGAGUGGCUACUCAUGUUGAGUGAAAAUGUAACAAACUUGGAAAUAUCAUUGAUUUUAUAUAAUAUAAAAUAUUCAUUUUAUUGUGCUUAUAAAGCUGUUUCCACAUUUACAAACACAUUUUCAGUAUAUUUAUUUUAAAAUAUUUAAUCAAUUUUAAAAUUUUAAACUUAUGAUGUCUGGUAAUAUCUGUCAAUAUGUGAAUUGCAACAAAUCAAAAAAAAAUUUUCCAACAUUGAAAAUGUUUCGAUUUCCGAGAGAUGAAACUAGAUUAGACACAUGAACCAUCAAUGCAGGAAAUUUGAAAAUAUUAUCUCUUGAUAAAUCAAAACUGUACACUAAAUAUUUAUGCCAAGAACAUUUUUCAUCUGACUGUUUUAUGACAAGAAAUGACGAAGUUAAAGCCAACUGAUAUAUUCCUUAUAAAUUUAGGGAUAAAGAUCAACCAUCAACAUCCAGUGAAAACAAUAAAAUACAGCGAACGAUUAUGAAUGAACUACCUGGUGAAAUAUUACUGACCAUAUUUAGAAAACUGCCAGCUUUUGAUUUUAUCACACUACUACCUUUGGUAUGUAAUCGCUGGGCAAAAUUGGUUGCAUCUGACGUGUACACAUUGAAAUCAGUUGUUAUGCAUCAUUUAAACUCAUAUGGAGUAUUUUUUUUUUCAAUCAAAGGCGAAGCUUUUAUAGACUGGCCAUCCGAGAAAUUUGAAGUUUACUUGCGUGCCUAUACCCAAGAUCCCCUGCAUCCUUUAAUCAAUUAUUGUGAUGCUUUUUACCUAUGCACUCAAUUCACAGAGAUUUACAAGCACAUUAAAACGCUAAUGAUUUCUCGAAAUUUAUCCGUUUACCCCACUGAAGGUUUUACUUACAUAAAAAAUUUAACGACUUUGGUAUUCUACGAAAUAUCACUCAAUGAAAUUAAUAAGCAUACAUUAUUAGAAUUAGGCAGUGUGUAUGCUAAUGUAAAUGAAGUUAUAUAUAUUAAAUGCCGUAUAUCCUGUGUUUUGGAUUUGAAAUGUUUGCACAUUGGUUUCAAAAAAUUAAAACGGUUACGUGUAGAUCAUUUCCGUGUGUGUGAUAAGUUUUUAGAUGAAUUAUUAAAAACCCAUCGUACUUUGGAAUCGGUAAGGUUGGGCCAUUGUACGAUUAUGAGUGAUAGGUGGAUAGAUGUCUUACAGAUUAGACUUAAAGGACAAAGAUCCAUUGCGAGCCUCGAUAUGCAUAGUCCUUAUUUCACGGAAAAAUGUGUAAAAGAAUUUUUAGCCACUGAUAAUUUUUUCCUUGAUAAAAAAUUGUUAAAAAUUAGUUUUGAUUCAGCCUUGUACCCAUUUUUUAUUUCCAUUGUUUGACUUCCAAGAUUGUUUAUUAUCGAGAUAGAACUAUCAUCUACCAAAAACAAAAAAAAAAAAAAUAGUGUGCUUCAAUAAUAUUUUUUUCAAUAUUCAAUUUUAGUACUUUAUUAAGCUUAGUUAUUUAUAAAUAUUGAUUGUUAGUAACAAAGUUUAAUUCAUUAACUCCGUGUAAAACAAUACUCGUGGAAAGUAUUUAUGUGCCGUGCCUUUUGUUUAAAUUUGAUAUGUUUAUAAUUUUCCAAACAUUGAUUAUCUUUAAUAAUUUUAAAAUUAAGAAUUUCAAAUGUCCGUAUCAUUUUGAAUAAAAUAAAAAAAGAAAAGUUUUUUUACGUGUAUAUUAUUGUGUUGUUUGUGUAAGACAGAUUUAAUAAACAAGACUGUUCUUUAUAAAAAUAGAUAGGUUUUUGUUUAAGACGGGGUUUCAUCUGAUGUACCACAUUACAAAACAAGUGAUUAUGUUCUAAAUUUAUGUGAUAACGACCAAUAAUCAUCUGGUAUAAGACCAUGUUAAUUUAUUUUAAUCAUCUCAUGACCAUUUUUUUUAAAAUGUAUUUAUAUGUGUGUGUGUGUAGUAGUUCGAAAUUGUAAAAUGCUUAUAUCAACCAUUUAUAAAACGGCGUAAAGUAAUAUUCACUCAGUAUGAUAUAAUAUGAACGAAGAUUGAUAAUUAUUUUAAUGGGAAUGAUAGCAGGGGAAACUCGAAUUGCCUCCCAUGUGAAAAUGUUCCAUUAAUAAAAUUAAUACAAUCGAUAUAAAACUAUCUAUUUAUACAAUAAUACCAUCGACCAUUAUAACAGUUUUUCCCUUUUCACUUAAAAUUAUAGACAUUUUGACCAAAAUAAAUUAUUUAAUUAAACCAGUAUUAUUAUUUUAAAUUAUUAAAUUAUAACGAAAAAUAUACCACGGCUUCAUUAAGAUAGUUCACAAACGUAUACUGACGCGAUAGUGCAAAUAUAGUACCUAGUGUCAAUCUGUAGUUUUAAAUUGAAAACCAGUAAAAGCAACAUUAUGUCAUAUCAUAUCAUAUAUUAUAUUAUCCCAACAAAAACACUUCGUCGAACUCCGUGUAAAAAAUUGCUAAGUAAAAAAACUAGUCAUCUAUAAGACUUAAGCAUUAUAAAGAUGUGAUAUCAUGAAUAAAUGGUAAGUAAAUUAAAUUUUCAAUAAAUUUAUUCUAUUUCAAUCAUUUAUUU